AUGCCGUCCGCCCCGCCGAUCAUCGACGGCGUGCUGGCGCGGAAGGACCACCGCGGCACCUGGGCGAAGCGCUACUUCCGGACCCACAAGUACAACCUCAACUACUACACGUCGAACCUGUCGGCCAUCGAGAAGUCCUUCGACGCGUCCGGCGAGCACUUCAAGUACAGGGCCAUCGGGUCCCCGACGGAGGUCUUCCGCCUCGAGCUCCUCCUCAAGGUCGAGAAGCGCGAGGGCAACGUCUUCUACUUCGAGAUCGAGGACCCGGACGACGACGAGAUCGAGGAGUUCGAGCUCCGCUGCUCCGACGAGAAGGCCGCGGCGCGCUGGGCCGAGGCCAUCGAGGAGCUCGCGAAGCGCGCCAACGAGGACAAGCUCCGCAUCGGCACGCUCCACAUCGAGGUCGACGGCGGCUUCCUGAUCGGCAAGCACGCGGCGCGGAGCCCGACGGUGCGUUUAGAGCUCGACUUCCCGGCCAGGGACGCCAUCGACGUCGUCCCCGAGGUCGCCGCCACGUCCGAGGACGCGACCUCGAAGGUCGACGCGGACCUGCUCUACGAGAACCUGGACGAGGCCGACGACGCGGUCGCGCGGUGCCCCGCGCUGCGUUUGGACGCCCAUUUACCGUGCCACGCGUCGUCCGCCAAGUUCGUCUUGGCGCUCGUCGAGGACGCCGAGGCCCACGCCGCGGCGACGUCGCCCGAGGUGACGGGCGAGCGGAGCCCGACGGAGCGCCUGCUGGGCGCGGACCUGUCCUGCGCGGACCAGAGUGCGCUCGCGGACGCGCAGCAUAGCUUCCACUCCGCGAUCGGGAAGCACGUCUACGGCGAUUCGCUCGAGGCGUCGCGCGUCGCGCCGGAGGACGACGCCGAGGCGGAGCCCGCGAAGCUCCAGGGGGUCGUGUUGGCGAAGCGCGUCGGCCACCUCUUCGAGUUGCAGGAGCAGCGCGCGAUCUGGGUCUCGCAGAUGGUCGGGAGCCUGCCGGAGGCGUCGGGCUUCGGCCGCUCCGCGAUCGACGGCGGCCGCGAGAACGACCAGGUCGGCCCCGACGGCUCCAAGCCGUCGAAGCCGGGCUACAAGUGGUACGCGCUCCUCGACGACAAGGGCGAGAAGGUCGCCGCGGUGCUCCACGCGCACGUGUGGUUCGCCGAGGACCCCAUCGCCGUCGUCGACGGCGCGCUCGAGCGGCUCGAGUGCCCGGACCACGAGUCCGCGGGUUUUGAUACGGCCGUGCUCCAGAGCGCCAUCGACCGCGCGUCGACGGUGCUGGCGUCCAUGCAGCUCAUCGGCAAGGCGCUCGACGACUUCACGCACUGGGUCGAGCCGAAGAAGACGGCCGCGAUCUACGCGCUCAUGGUCUACCUGGCCUGGCGCUGGCCCCACGCGGGCAUGGCCUACUUCCCCGUGGGCAUGCUGCUGCCCAUCCUCUACGCGGCGCCGCCGCGCGUGCGCCGCGCGCUGGGAAAGCCGUCGGAGGCGGAGUCCUCCGCGGACGGCCGCGGCGUCGCGACGUGCCGCGUGGCCGUGCUCGAGGCGCGGGGGCUCGCCGCCGCCGACGACAACAUCACGACGGAGGCGUCGUCGGACCCCUACGUCGCCAUCGUCACCGCGCCCGGCGAGCCGCCGCCGGAGGUCGCGGAGGCGCGGACGCCGACGCUCGUCGGCGUCACCGAGUCCAUCUACGGCACGCUGGCGCCCGUCUGGGACGCGGGCCAGGUCGAGGAGGCGGCCGACGGGGGCGACCGGGACAAGCAGGAGACCUGCUUCCUCGCGCCGUCGCUGAGUUUGCAGAACAUGGGGCUCUCGUCGUCGGGCUCGCCGGACGCGUGCCACAUCUCCUCGCACGCGAUCCACCACAUCGGCGACCGCCGCCUGGGCAAGUGCGCCCGGCCCAGCAUCGACUUCCGCAGCGCCUGGGACCUCGACGACGGCCGCACCUUCGCGCGCGCGGCCUGGCGGAUCCCCGUGCUGCAGACGACGGACCACGAAACCGGCGAGCCCACGCCCUGGGACAAGAACCCGGACUGCCUCGAUUUGGAGGUCUUCGACGAAGAUUUGGCGAGCGCCGACGACUUCAUGGGCAAGGUGCGCCUGAAGAUUUCGGAUUUGGCGGACGGCCAGGUCCGCGAGGCCUGGUUCGCGCUGGGCAAGAGCGACGGCGCCAAGGACGCGGCGAUCGUCGCGGACGUGCUCAAGGACGCGGCCCCGGACUGCGAGGAGCCCCUGGGCGCCAUCAAGAUCCGCGUCCAGCUCGAGACGGACCCGGGCCACCUGAAGCCCCCCGACGCCGCGGAGAUGAAGCUGAUCACGUCGCUGCUCGAGACGACGGUGAACCGCUACGAGGACGCGGACGCCAAGGAGUCCGGCGCCAAGGGCAUGAUGGCCCAGUACGACGAGAUGAUGCUGAUGAUGAAGCGGACGCAGAACUCGGCGCUCAACGCCGUCGGGAAGCUCGAGCGCAUCUUUGGAUUGCUGACCUGGGAGCACCCGAUCAAGACGGGCGGCUUCGUCGCGGGGCUCAUCUUCGGCAUCUUCUACUGCGUCUACGUGCCGUCGUCCUGGGUCAUGGUCUCCGCCUUCACCUACGAGCUGGCGAACCAGGGGUCCAUCCUCCUCUCCCUCAAGCCCGGCGAGGUCCACAAGGACCACAUGAUCGGCAACACGAUCGCGUCGCUGCCGUCGACGGUGCAGAAGACCAAGGCCCUCGCGGUGAAGAACAAGUUCGCCGCGGCCCAGGACAAGCGCCUCAGCGACGACCUGCGGCUCCACCUGCGCCUGGGCUACGGCACCAUCGACUUCCAGAAGCUCAUCUACUCGUGGAACGACAAGAAGAAGCACUGGUCGAAGCACUACGUCGUCAUCAACGGCCACAACCUCUACGUCUGGAAGUCGGCCAAGGCGGCGCUCGAGAACCACGCGCCCAUCAUCCGGCUGACCUGCUCGAAGCCCGUGCAGCAGCACUCGCCCAAGGAGGACUCGAACCUCCUCGACGCGCUCGUGCCGCACCUCCUCAAGUCCAUCCCCUCCAAGGCGCUCACGGUCCUCACGGUGCCCGCGACGCCGCACACGCACUACCUCGCGGACCACCUCCCGCCGGGCGCCGCGGCCCACCCCAUCACCGCCGCCGUCCAGAAGGCGCUCGAGGCGACGGAGACGAAGCGCGUCAAGCGCGCCGAGAGCCGCGCGUCGAUGAUCGCCUCCACGGCCGACCACCCCGCGGACCUCACGAACGAGCAGCACUUCGACGCGCCGGCGUCGCCCACGGUCCAGGACAAGGCCAAGGCCCCGCCGCCGCGGUCGCCGCACGACGACGACGACGACGACUGGUUCCUCGCGGCGCCGGACAAGCGCUUUCGAGACGUCGGCGUGCUCGCAGCGAUCUUCGUUAUCAUCGUCAUCCUGCUCGGCCACGGCCGGACGCUCCGGACGUGGCACGACGAUCACCGGGCGCGCGGCGGGAACAAGACGCUGCGGCUCUUCGUCUGCAUCCAGUGCGCGCAUCUCAUGUGGGUGCUGCACCUCGGCCUCACGGCCGCGCGCGGCGUCGCGACGCUCUCGACGGGCCACAACUGGAUCUUCGGCCGGCUCGCCUGCGAGGCCGCGGCGCGGCUCGUGAGCUCGCUCUACACGAGCGGCUACGCGCUGCUCGGCGGCUUCUUCCGCUGGAAGUUCGCGGCGUCGCGGAGCCGCGCGGCCGCGAAGACGCGCGCGGAGCGAUGGCUCGUAAAAUUCGCGGACGCGUGCCUCUGCGGCUUCGCGGCCUGCGUCGCCUGCUGGAUCGUCAACCCCUUCUCGGACCGCGCGGCGGACAACGGCCCCCGCGAGUGCGGGCUGAAGCGCGACUUCUGGUUCGCGAGCUUCGUCGGGACCGGCUACGUCCUGUGGAUGGGCGUCUCCGGCUCGCUCCUCUUCCUCUUCCUCAACCCGCUGCUGGAGUCCGUGCGCAAGGCCGACGAGCGGAGCGGCGUCCAGAGCGACGAGCUGCUCCGAGCGGUCGUGCGGCGGAACUUCGAAUGCUUCGCGGUGUCCUUCGUGUCCGGCGUCGUCGUCGCGUCGGCGAUCGUGCUCGAGAGCGUCCUCGUCGAGGACGACAAGACGUCGCGGGGCCUCGCGACGUGCUCGACGCUCGGGCCGGCGCUCGACAUGUACGUCAACAGCGCCUGCGCGCUCCACAGCCUGAACCUCCAGUUCGCGGGCGGCGGUGCCGUCGACCGCGCGAAGCUCUGGUGGCGCGGCGGCGACGGCGACGGCCGCGGCUCCCUCGCCUGGGCGGCGCGGUCGACGCGCGCGUCCGCGGGGCGCCGGAGCUCCUGGAAGCUCAUGGGCGCGUCGCGGCUCCGGCGGCAGCGGCCCUUCCCGCUCCGCUUCUCGCGGCACGCGUCCGCGCUCGAGCUCGCGCGCGCGUCGGAGCGGGUAUCGGAGCGCGCGUCCGAGGCCGCGGCGCCGCCCGAGGCGCCGGACCCUGUAGUGUGA